AUUUAUGGAACUUGUAAAAUGGGCAACUAUGACUCGCACUUCUCACAGCGCUGUGUUUUAGAGUCAAUGAGCCUAUACAAACAAGACCGAAACACAAUGAGGAGGAGGGAGCAGGAGAGGAGAUCCCAGGAGUCCCAGCAGGAUGAGGAAAGCUUUAAUGUUGAUUACCCUCUCUUCGGAGAGCCAUACAAGGAGAAAAGCCAGCUGGAGGCUGGUUCAGAGAGCUGGAGUAAAAGCAAAGACACCCAGAAACCAGAGAAAGAAAGCGUGGCCGGUUUCCUGACAACACCAGGGCACAAUUUAAAAGGCAAACGAGCAAGACGGAUAGCGGAGGAAGACAACCACGAGGCAGCACCACUUUACGGACCCAGACCGACAGCUGGACGGUGGCUGUGAUGUACAAAUCCUAGUUAGCAACAGGGGCCCUUGUAAACUCUGUUCCUCUUUAGUGAGGGGAGACCGAACUGUCAAUAACGCUUGCGCCUUGCCGAUUAGCAGAGGUUGCGGGGCAAGGCAGGUACCACCGGGGUAAAACAACUAAAUAAAUCUGAGCGCCGUUUACAGUUUCCAAUAUCUGUCUCACGGGUGUUUAUUGAAUUCCCCACACACCCCCACAAGAACACAUUAAUG